AUGAAUCUCGACGACGAACAAAUAGGCAAAACUCUUGGAGAAGCACUCACUUGCUACCUGAGUAUCCUCGGAAGGGUCAAGAAUUUUCGAGAAGCCCGCCUACCAAUUCAAGGCAAAGCAGUCGAAACCAGUUCUGACAUUUUGCUUGAGCAAGAUUAUGAACAGCGGGUGGCUGCAACGGAGUUGUGUCUGCGCUUUACACCUGAUAUUGCUACAAACGUGUGCUAUUGGGCGUCUGAAUCUGAUUCCGUCGAUGAACUCCAGGAUGACAACGACGAAGAAUCCAUGGCUGAUGUGGGUAAUACUCAAAUCCUGACGGUUUUAGAUCACUUGAUUCCGAAAGAUGAAGAAGGAACUGAGCAGGUAUUUGUCGAUAUAUUUUCGGGCAAGUGGAUUGAACCUCAUCCUGAGUUUACGCCUGGUCCCUCGAAUGCUGGUAAUUUGAUGGAGGCACAGGAGCCUGUCAGUGAUACAAGACCCAAUUCAGACAUGAACACCCUCGAGAGUGAUAAUUCAAGCCAAGUGGAAGGAAACCUAGUAAUCACAAGUGAAGAAACAACUCCGAAUGCUGUCUCAAGCCGUGAUACGAGGAUCAAACACCAACAAGACCUAAUCCAACGAUUGAGCCGGCCCAAAACUUGUACAAAAGUCUUUCCACUUCGCACAACAGACUCGCAAACAAAGACGAAAGUGGAAAAGACUUACUGUGCCGCGUGUAUGGAGAGAAUUCCCAAAAGCAUGUCAUCAGCACUUCCUUGUAAUCACGAGUAUUGUCGGCGCUGUUUAUCAGGCGGCUUCAAAUCUGCCCUGCAGUCUCGAAGUCCAUUUGAAUGCUGUGGACAGCUCAUUCGUGUCCGUUCCGCCUCAACCAACCUAUCUCUCUCCUUCACCAAAGCAUACAGAGAAAUGGUCGAGGAAGUCCAGUGCAAAAACCCGAUAUACUGUUCCAACCCAAUCUGCAACAAAUUCAUACCUCCUCUUAUGGUCAAUAAACACCUGGCUAUCUGCGCAUGCAAGAGGAAGACAUGUGUGCUGUGUAAGAAGAGAGCUCAUAAGGGUGUCUGUAAAGAUGAUAAAGAUGGAUUGAUGGUCAAGGAUUUAGCAAAGGAGAAUGGGUGGAAGACUUGUCCUUCGUGUGGGUUCGUGGUUGAGCGGACGGAGGGCUGUUUGCAUAUGAUUUGUCGGUGUAAGAUGCAAUGGUGUUGGAGCUGUUUGAGGCCUUGGAAGGAUUGUAAAUCUUCUUGCGAUCGUACUGAGUGA